GCGGGGCUUGGGCGCCGUGCGCCGGAGCCUGUGGCGUCAAUUCGGCCGCCGUGUCCAUGGAGAGUGGCUGAGGUGGCCGAGCUCCGGCCCGAGGCACCGGGGCUCCGGGACGGCGAGAAUGUCGGCUUCUUUAGUCCGGGCCACUGUCCGGGCUGUGAGCAAGAGGAAGCUGCAGCCUACCCGGGCCGCCCUCACCCUGACACCUUCAGCAGUAAACAAGAUAAAACAGCUUCUUAAAGAUAAGCCCGAACACGUAGGUCUGAAAGUUGGUGUCCGAACCAGGGGUUGUAAUGGCCUUUCUUAUACUCUAGAAUAUACAAAGACAAAAGGAGAUUCUGAUGAAGAAGUUGUUCAAGAUGGAGUCAGAGUGUUCAUCGAAAAGAAAGCACAGCUAACACUUUUAGGAACAGAAAUGGACUAUGUUGAAGAUAAAUUAUCCAGUGAGUUUGUUUUCAAUAACCCAAACAUCAAAGGAACGUGUGGCUGUGGAGAAAGCUUUAAUAUUUGACUACUCUGGCUGUAAGCUCCAGGAAAACUCAUGGAAGUCCUAGGGCUUACUGAAGAAAUCAUGUGACUGUCACGUGCUUAAAGUUUAUAAUGUAUGACUGCCUUAUGAGGAAAAUAAAAUGAUGCAUUUUGAAAGUGAA